AUGACCGAUGCUGUCAUUAGACCCGUCGCCAAUGAUGGCGGCCAGGGCGAUGCCGAGUCUCCUUCCUCCAAAAAGCGCAAGCAAUCGGUCGUUCGGCCCGAGUUCUUGGUCAACGAUGCCGCCAAGGAGCGUGGCUAUCUCUCUGUCCCCGACUACCUAGAGCCACAGUUUGACCUCGAGGGCGCCGAAAUUAGAUCUUUACAAACCCCCCCCACUGCCUUAUGA